GGGGCUGCACAUGCUGGUUCCUGGCUGGGGUGGGUUCCCUUUCCACUAGCCAGCCAUGCAGGGCCCUUGUCUGUGUCCACGGGUACUAUACGCCCUGCUGGGAUGGCUGUUGGCACUGUUGGCCCAGAGCAAUGCAGCGCCAGGUGCAGCCCCCCAGGAGCUGGGGUCGGGGGCUCAGGGGCUCCCGUUUGGACCGGCGGCCAUACGAGGCUCUGAGCCCGCUGGCGGACAUGCCCCUCGGGACGGGCACCGUAGGCUCCGGCCUGGAGCACAGCCCAGAAAUGGGCCAGUGCCGAUGCUGUGGCUCUCCCCGGCUGCAGACAGAUGAGCCUGUUGGUGGCCAGCGAGGAUUCCAGCUACAUGCCAGCCCGGAUCGUGGUCAUGGGAGGAGAGAACCCGGCCAGCAUCAGCACCGAGCUCAAUACGGUGAACGUCAUGCCCUCGGCCAGCAGAGUGAUCCUUCUGGAGAACCUGACCCGCUUCUGGCCCAUCAUCCAGAUCAAGAUCAAGCGCUGCCAGCAGGUGGGUGUGCUGGUGGGCCCCCGACGGGUUCGGUCACAGGGACCCCCUUGGGACUGUCACCUGAUGCGCUGAAUUUGCCUCUGAGCCCGUUUUUCCCUGCCAGCUUGGGACUCCAGAACCCUGCCUUGUUGAGCCAGACAUGCUAGCCUGCUGCAACCCGACCCAGGGUCUGGUCCACGUCCCCAAAGC